UCCCAGAGGAAGACCAGACCCAUCUACACCACCACUGGACCUUCAGAGGAAAACUACACCCUUCUACAAGAUCAUUGCUUCAACAAAACCACAUCUGUCACUCCAGGAGGACUGCAGCCACGAUUUGAUUGGACUGCAAGCAACACCCUGACUACCUGGGUGUCAGGAUUUCCCAUUCCCAAACCUUGGCUGGAUGGAGGAGGAGGCUGUGAGGAAGAGGAAGAUGCUCCAGGACAGCCAGGCAGACAAGGAGCUGAGGAUGGAGACCAGGGAGGACAAAUCCCCACAGCAGAACCUCAUGGAAGAGGCCCUUUUGAGCAGCUCCACGGCACAGGAAUCCAAUGGGGAGGAAAAGAUAAAGAGGCCUUGUGGGAGGAGGGGUUCCAAACCCAUUCCAGGGUGCUCUGAGGAGGAAAGACCCACCCUGUGCCAGGAAAGUGGACAGAGCUUCAGCCAGAGCAACACCCGUGUCCAGCACCAGAUCAUUCACAGCGGGGAGAGACCCUACGAUUGUUCCGAGUGCAGGAAGAAGUUUCAGACCAGCUCCAACCUCCUCAAACACCAGCGGAUUCACACAGAGGAGAGGCCCUUCCGCUGCCCCGACUGCAGGAAGGGCUUCAAGCAAAACUCCACCCUCAUCACGCACCGGCGCAUCCACACUGGGGAGAGGCCCUACGAGUGUGGGGAAUGUGGGAUGAGCUUCAGCAAUAGCUUCAGCCUGAUCCGCCACCAGAGGAUCCACACCAGGGAACGGCCCUAUGAGUGUGAGCAGUGUGGGAAGAGCUUCAGCCAGCGCUCCAACCUGAUCUGCCACCAGAACAUCCACGCUGAGGAAAGGCCAUACAAGUGUGGGGAAUGUGGGAAGGGCUUCAACCAGAGGUCCCAACUGAUCAUCCACCAAAUGAUCCACACUGGGGAGAGGCCCUACAACUGUCUGGAGUGUGGGAAGAGGUUUCAGACCAGCUCCAGUCUCCUCGUGCACCAGCAGAUUCACACAGAGGAGAGGCCCUUCCGCUGCCCCGACUGCAGGAAGGGCUUCAAGCGCAACUUCCACCUCAUCAGGCACCAGCGCAUCCACACUGGGGAGAGGCCCUACGAGUGUCCCCAGUGUGGGAAGAGCUUCUCAGACAGCUCUCACUUGACCAAACACCAACGGAGGCACCGGUAAGGGAAGCCCUGCGAGUGCCCCGACUGUGGGGAAAGCUUCCUGCACUGCUCCAACUCCAUCCCCCAUCAGGGGACCCACAUUGGGAAGACACUGGGCUGGUGGUCAUUUAGUUUGGUGGUCCCUAAUAUUCUUUGGAUUCAUCUUCCUCCCUUUUAAACCAGCAAAAUUGGGCUGAAAAUCAACAAAUUCAUCAAAGCCAUCUCAAUGCUCGCUUUUUACUUGUGUUUCUAAAGAAUCUGGGACUCUGAGUGUUACUUGGGAGGAUUUGAGGGUAUUUGAUGUGGUUGUCUCCAUUUCUUAUCGCUCAAAGAGACAAGAGGGUUUGAUCUGUCACCUCAAAAACACUCAUUGCCACUGAAAACUACUUAAUCCCACCCCAAAAUUAUUUAAUUCCUCAGCC